AUGUCUCUCAUGCGAGCACUCACGAAGCGCUCAAAGCGCCCUGAGGUCUCUCCGCCGUCACCCACGCGUGCAGGUUCCGUCAGAAAGCCAGGCCAGAGCAUCGACAGGAGCAAGAUCUCUUCACCAGUCGCACUAAUCUCAUCUACCAGUGCGCUGUCCUACGAUGCGCCAGACAUUGCGACCAUGCGCCACGUAUCCCCCUCUUCGACGUCCACGGUAUCGUCCCGCAGCUCAGUAAAUGACUCCGACGCUUCUUCGACCUCCAACCGGUCGCUCGAGACUCUCACGGAUGCAUCUUCAGUCGACUCGCCGCCUCCGUCGCCGAACCACCUAUCAUGCUACUUCGAGGCCGCCAACCCUCCAGUGACAAAAACCGUCCGCCGGUCGCAGUCUUCAGUCAGCUUCCGCGAGAAGACUGUGUCCGUAGAGAACGCAUUAGCGCCCGCUAUUCCUCAGCGCGCCUUGUCCCACAGCAAGAAGGCCCACGAGCAACUGGCGCGCAAGCGAUCGCUACAGCACAUGAAAACCUCCAGCAUGGACUCCCUGCAGCGGACAUCCUAUGAAUACCGGGCUUCGCGCGAACCGCGUAUCGCAUCGAUCGACAUGUUCAUGGGCAGCAUCGAGCCGCAUCAUCCAUUUGGCAAGGAACUCGAGCAGCUGGACGAGGUUGCUGAGGAGUUCACCAGCACGCUCAGAGAGGCUGAGAUGGACGAAGACACCAGGAUCAUACAGCAGAAGGGCCUGAUGAGAUUCUGCGCAGCCGACUACAUGAUGGAGAUCCAGCCACUGUUCACAGACAUGUUCGGCACAGCUCAGCAUGGACCCGAAGUCGCCUGGAUAUAG